AUGGCUCCCAUUCCGGAGGCCUAUUUCCCGUCCCUGGACAAGUGCUUCUCCGGGGACGCUCAGCUCUUGUCCUGGAAGAGAGCCUUUCUCUACACAAACGACGCCGAAGGUCACACUGACAAUGGAGAUAACAUCGCCGCCUUCCUUUCACACCCCGAAAGUAUCCAGCAGCUAUCACAAAGUCUGAAUCCGUUCUGCCGCCCUUCCACUAAAUCGAAAUCCGAAUUCGAGUCCAAAACCUCCGCUGUUCAUGUCGAAACAAACUCUACCAAUUCCUUCGAUUUGAAGGAGAUCAAAGCUGACGCGCAAUGGCUCAGUAAGACCGCCGACAUCGACGAGGUCACGGCUCUGCGCAUCGUUAUCCUUGAACGGCAGGACCGCCCCGCGGCGCGUCUAACCGCGAAUUUCUCCUCUGAAGAAGCCGCGAGCCUAGCAAGUGCGACAGGUACUGAUAACCUGCGAGUUUCGGUGGCUGGGCCCAACCUAGCGAACAUUUGCAGCAGGGCUCAAACCGACCAAAAUUCGUCCUCGUUCGACACGGAGAAGGAUCGUCGGUUGCGACUGCGAAGCGUUUACAUCUCUGAACGUGCUCAUGUCUUGAAGACUUUCCGCAAGCUGCUUGUGCUCUCUCUGCAUGACCUUGCAGGUGAUUCAGUCAUCUCUGGCGGCCGUGACGGAGCGCGCAAGCUUGCCUUGUUCAAGCUAGGCGUGACCAUCUUCAAAGAGAAAUCGAGCGGAGAUGGACUGAAGCAGUUCCUGGAGGAGUGUAUUACCGGCAUCCGAACCCGCCUGAAGGACGUGACCGCAAAUGACGGCUGGCUAGGAGUUUCCGAGAGCAGCCGGGAAGUUGAGGAUACUUGGAAGACAACUUUGGUUGAAGAGCUGGUACACAUCCUGCAGAUUAUGUUCCAUCAGCUUCAUGCAUCAGGAGAGGUUCCUUCUGGGGCCAUGCUCGAGUCCUGGCUAGAACUUAUGGCUGAAUAUGGCUUCUUGGAAUCGUUGCAAGUGCCUUGCGAAAAUCCGGUUGAGGUGCUACUGCCUCUUCAGUCUUUCGUGUCUCUGACUACACUGGCUUUCCUGAAGGUUUCCCUCGUGGUCCCGUCUGUUCUGGAAAGAACUAAGCCCAAGGUCAUUUCGCCUGGCCAAGAUGCUUACUUUCUCUCGAAAGAUAGAAUUGCUAAGAUCACUGAAAUCCUGCUGGGUGCUUGCGAGAUGCGAGUGACUGCCGCCAAUCCAGCUGCAUUUUCAUGGGGAUUGGUUCUUUUGCUGUUGCAAAAUCUAGCCUCAGAGGAUAAGAACGUUCGAGAGCUGGAACAACUCAACAGUGCCGUGAAAUCUUUCCAGACGGAUACCCUCAAUGCGGGCCCCUCUCGGGAUUCAGAGCAAUCUUUGUACGAAGAUCUCAUUGACUGCGCUCGGCCACCUCACAUGAACGAAGAAGACGAUCCUCUCCUGAUCUUGACUUCCGAGCAAGUCAAAGAUUUGGCCUUCAGCACUAUCAUCACAUUGUCCUCCAAGGCAGGAUCUAUGUCCGCGAUUGACGACGGGUUAACCUAUCGAUGGGCCCGUUUGGCUCUCCUUGACUUGAUCCGAGCUACCAUUUUGUACAUGGACUACUCGCCAGAAAUCGUCGAGUCGGUGCUGGCAAUCCUCAAUGGCACACGGAAUGCUUCGUCCUUGGAUUCAACGUACUCACUCAGCCCCGCCAGCGACCCAAAGUCGGUAUUUUCAAAGGACAGUCUCUUCAUGAAUAACAUCUUCCGCACUUCUCGCUCUCGUUUCCCAUUCGAAACGAUCCCAUUCUUGAAGCUCUGCCGCGCCUUGGUCAGCCCCCACUCUGUUAAUGAGGAUGGCUUGCCGGAAGUAGUCGAAGAGCUGGAAAACACCAGCACAUUUACUCAACUUGUUCCCCCGAAUUUCCAGGGCUAUGAGACCAUUCGCGAGGACGAAAAUGCCAAUUUUGUCUCCUUGACUCAAUCUCUGCCAAUGUUUGAGUCAUCCCGAAACCGUCUUCCGGGCAACGAGACAGGUAAUGCUUUGAUUGUGUAUGGGUCGUCGGAAAUUCCAUCUUCAACUAUUGGGCAAGUCGUCUCCGAAUCAAGACCGGCUGUCAUAAUGUGGCAGCAUGAGUACUCGUGCUUGAGCUUUCUAGGAAGUUGGCUCGAGGAAUGGAGUGGGAGCGGUGGAUACUCGGAUGGAUGGGAUCCUGAGUGCGGCGCCGAGAUUAUCGGGCUUUUGGCCGACUUGGUCACAAGCUCACAGGACAUUCGUGCCCACGACUCCCCCGGGACGAGUGCCAAGAGGAUUCUUGAAUUGGCCAGUGACGGACUAUCACGUCAAGGUGAUAUUAUCUCGGUGGUCUUGGAUAUCUUUGAGCGGAAUCUGCAGAAUGUCGGUUCUCAGGGAGACCCAGUGAAGGCAUUGGAACCAAUUAUGGCUUGCAUGCAGUUUGUCAAAGGAGUCCUUCAUGUCCUUCCCAACAGGAUCUGGCCAUUUUUGAGCCGUAGCAGCUUCAUUGGAUCGGAUUGCAAAGGUGGAGUUUUGACUGCAAUUAUUUCUGCUGUCGAGAUUCCUGCUGGUGAAUAUCCCUUCCUUCUCAGCUGUCUCCAGUUAUUCGAAGCAACUGUCGACGAUGCCGCAUCUCGUGCAGUACUGCGCAAGUGUCCUGGCAGUGUCACAGGCAAAUCAACGAUCGCAUCGGACUGGAGCGCAGGCAUUCCGUCCCAUGUCAUGCGAACCAUCAUGCUGAACUUCACACGAACAAUGGUCGAGAUUUUCAAUGUCAGCGGCAACUGGCGAUUCAACUUCCCCGAGCAACAAUUUACGAUCAGCUCCAGGCUGGCUACUGUCUUCGAUCGUAUCCUUUACCUCACCUAUGGAAUCAAUGACUCCGCAAAACUUGAGUCAAAAGUCACUGGCGUGUUUUCUGGAUCUGCAGCCUAUAUCCUGGACAUGCUACGACCUCGCUCAACUACUGACUUACCUUUCAAUGCGAUACUUCGACUGAUCUCGGCCGGCCUUGAAACCCCAGCUACUAUUCACCUCCGAUACCUUGAUCUACUUGUCAGCCAGGUUACUUCCACUUUGAACCUUAGUAUUAAGCUUGUGCAAGCGGCACGACUUUCUGGGAAGCCAGCAUCGCUUCUGGAGGAGCAACUCUUCAAGGCGACACCUGUUCUCACCAAACUUUAUGCACUCCAUGAUGCUUAUCGGCUACCAGUCGUGUCUCUCCUGGAUACUUUGGUGAUCAGUUCUUCUUCGGAUGCUGACAAGGAACCUCCAUCUCUUGUUGGACACCUCGGCGCAGAGUCGGCUUGUCUAUUCCUUGAUGUACUGUCCCAACUCGACAGAUCUCUCAAUGACAAGCAGUUGCUGCUUUCUAUAUGGCAUUUGUUGUCGACCUUUGUUAGCAAGCGUCAGCAAUGGCUGGCAGUUUUCAUUCUCACCGGGAAAUCACCUCGACAAACAUUGAAGAAAUCCGACAAUGCCGGAGGUCCGAAAAUGAGAAGCACGCCGUUCCUGCAAAUUGCACUAGACAAACUUGCACAUAUCGAGGCAGAAGACCCCCAAGUGGCCUUGUCGUUACUCGAGUUCGUUUCUCAUGCGCAAGAAAAUUGGCCAUGGGCCACUCCGCACUUGCAAAAGCACACUGAAUUCUUCAACGGCAUAUUGCACUAUGUUUCUAAACUGAGAAUCUCUUCCAUGCCAGUGACCGAGCAAAUUUUCGCAACUCGAAUCGCUUCGGUCGUCACCGACAUCUGUGCUGUCUACUUGUUCCCAUUCAAGGAAUUACUCAAGGGAUCACCUAACGCUGACAGGGAAACCAAAGAGCGUGGGAAAAAGUUCUUCACUGAUCUGAUUCCGCUAGUGCAAUGGCUGAGCAAGGAUGCUGUGGAAGUUUCGGCGUAUAACGCUUCCUUGCAUGCAAAUUUGAAGAAGAACUUCGAAAUGCGGUAUGCCGGCUGCAAAUUGACCGAUUUCAAGAGGUCAGCGCUUGAAACCCAUACGCUGGGGCGUGAUUACUAUUACGAUCUAGCGAUGGGACAAAGUUUGUUGUCUUACGACUUUGCUUGGGCUGGAAACCGGAAACAAGGCUUUUCUGAGGAGUUUGAGCGAGCUAAUAUCAACUUGUCGCUCGUCGAAGCGCAAAUUACUCUUCUCAACAGCUGGAAAUUCUUUGCCGUUGAGCAUUGCCACGAUUUCAUGGAGGCCGGAGCAGGGCAAACAUUCCAGGUACUGGUAGCAGAGGUGGCACAAAAGUGCCUGGAAGCCAACAGCCGACCCGUUCCUCCCGAGGCUAUUUUCGACCGGAUUCAGCAGGUACGAGUCGAUUUCGCUCAGGCGCUGACCCAGUGUCUGGUGGAGAAGGGAUCACGAGGAGCCGAAGUCUUCCACUUACUGGAAGUCGUCUGGAAAGCCCUGCGCUCCCGUCAUACAACCUACGAAGCCGCCCUGAUCGGUGAUGACACGGAAUAUUACCGGUCUCUCCUCAAUGUGUUGUUUUUGGCUCUCCAGUUCCACGUGGAUGCGCCUGCGGGCCAAAAUGAACCGGAGGUCCUCCGCAAGGUCGCAAAGGUGUCGUCCGACAUCCCCGUGGUCGUGGAUGUUGUCAAGGUCGUGGUUGCGCAAGGUUUCAAGUCCCUCACAUCAUAUCUCCACGAUGAGCCAGAUAAGUGCACGCCAAAGGACUUUGCCAUCAUCAUCGCCAUUCUCCAGACUUGUCUGCAGGUCAAGGACGCAGACCGGCUCUACGAGUUCAUCACGUACCACAUUCAAGACAACGACACUGUCCGCCAUGCGACUACUUUGUUUUCAUGGGCAGAUCAGCUUGCAAUUGCCGGCGAUCCAGUCUACGGCGAAGUCAGUCUCUCAUUCCUCGUCAAGCUGUCCACCCUCCCCAUGUUGGCUGAGCACCUGGCCGUGGAGGGAGUACUGAUGAGACUGUCAACGUGCCGUCUCACCAAUUUCCUUCAGAGGCCGAAAGGAUGCGGACCGUUCGACUCCGUCCCUCGACUUUACACAAUCUGGACCAGCGGGUUCCUUCCCUUGUGCCUGAACCUGCUUUUCAGUGUCAACCGCGCCGCGCCCGAGGUGUCUGCCUUCCUGAACCAGUUCGAAGGUCAGCUUAACCGUGCUGCGGAGACUUUCUCCCAUGGCCACAAGACCCCGCAGUCCCAGUGGAUCAGCCUUAGCAUGGCUUCGGAGGCAUAUUCGCUGGCCCUGAUUUCCGUGGCUCUGGACCGUUUCCGCCAGGCCGGCCCUAGUGCUGGUCUGGACCCGCAAGCCAUCCAGGACCUCAAGUGGGACAAGUCGCAUGUCAAGGACGACAUCAGCGAAUUGCUCAGUCGUCGCCCGUACCUUCGCGGCCGUAUCGUCGCGACGAAUGACAAGGAGACUGAAAUGUCCCGACAGCCACCGCUGCACAAGAAGCACGAGGCGGAGAACCGGUUGGAGGAGAAAAUCGUGAUUGAAUUGGAGGAGGUGCUGGCCUGCCUUAACCUGGGCGAGGAUUGA